CAAAUUUGACCUUGUCAGCUUUAAUAAUGGCUUCUUAUCAGCUGUGGGGAGGUGGGGUGGCGGUGUGGUGGGAGAAGGUACUAGGGCACAUGGACAUAUCCAUUCUCUGUAAUUGGAGAGAGUGAAGACGAAGCGAGAAAAAUAGCAACAGUGAUUUAAGGCAGAGACUGAAGGAGAAGUCCUGGAGAGCGCUGCUUCAGUGCUGCACUCACGGCCUCUGCACCCCUGCGUGCCUGUGUCUGUGUGAGUAAGCGUGUGAGAGAGAGAGCAAAAAAGAGGGGGGAGAGGGGGGCGUGUAGAUGUGUGUGUGUGCUUGCUACACAGCCAUGGUACUGUGAGCUGAAUGAUGCUCUCUGGCUGUCUCUCUCCGCGCUGCCUGGCUGUUCCUGCUUUCUGCCGCCGCGCGCUGAUGAACCAUUUUAAGCUGCAGCGGACACACACAGCCCCGAACAACCGCUUCCCUGCAACAGCCAUCAUCCUGGUUCUACUGCCAGCUGAUGGUCUGACACAGUAGGACACUGCUGCCUCUGCACAGCUCCUACAACAGGGAAAUACAGAGACAGGACUGCUGCUUGUGAGCUCAGAAAUGAAGUUGUGCCCCUCCACUUCCCAGAUGUACCGCCCCAGUGUCAGUGUGUGGACAGACUACAUCUUCUAGAGGACAACAACCGAGCCCUGAAACUCAAGCCUGGGACCUUCAGCCAACACAGGCUACAGCACAAACUCCUGGAGCAUGAGCUUCAAGAUGUUCUCAAGGAGAAAAAGCACUUGAGUCAUCACUUGUUCAACAAUAGCAAAAAAGCAGUCCAGAAUGAGCAGGUGAAGUCAGACUAUGAGCAGCUCAAAGAGACCCUCGGUGCUGUGACUCAGGAGAGAGAUUCAGCCCUGCGGGAGAAGACCCAGCUCCAAGGCAAACUGGAGAACCUAGAGCAGGUGCUAAAGCAUAUGCGUGAGGCUGCAGAGCGGAGGCAGCAGCUAGAGUUGGAGCAUGAACAAGCCUUGGCUGUACUCAAUGCAAAGCAGCAGGAGAUUGACCUUCUGCAGCAGGCUCAGGUUGAGGCUAAGAAGGAGCAUGAGGGAGCUGUCCAUCUGUUAGAGAACCACUUGGACAGCAUGCAGUUGAGGAGCAUUCCCCGCGCUUUGAACACAGUGCAGUUUUUGGCCAAAGUCCGAGAGCUGGAGGAGAAAUGUCGGACACAAAGUGAGCAGUUCAACCUCCUGUCCAAAGAGCUGGAGAAGUUCCGGCUACAGACUGGAAAGUUUGAUACCCUUGGCAGUGGAACCGAUCCCUUAACUGUGUGUGAAUCCCCUGGAUCGCCAAACAAAUCCCUCUCCCAGCUCUUCAACGGGCUGGCCGCCCCCACAGGGAAAGGCAAUGAGAGUCCGCUGAGCAGAUCUGUGAUCUCUGAGUUCAUCCGACCGCUCCAGAUCUGUGGGGACAAGCCGGAGCUCGUGUCUGUAAAGCCAACAUUCCUCACCCGCAGCAGCAGCCGGACUGGCAGCUCUCAACGGGCCCUCCUCACUGAGAUGGACAAAGAACUAAGCUCAACGACUAGGACCAAGAAGAGGUUCACAGGCAAGGUCCGUCUGUGCAUCGCCCGGUACAGUUAUAACCCCUGUAAUGGGCCCAAUGAGCAUCCUGAGGCAGAGCUCCCCCUGGUGGCAGGGAAGUACCUCUACGUGUAUGGGACCAUGGAUGAUGAUGGCUUCUAUGAAGGAGAGCUGCUGGAUGGACAGCAGGGACUUGUCCCUUCCAACUUUGUGGACUUUGUUAAGGAUGAGAAGAUGCCCUCUGCUCAGCACAGGGAUGGGGCCAAAGAGUCAGGCUACCUCAGUAGUAACCACAGCAGCCUGGGCUCCACAGGGCUGGGCAGCAUGGGCCUGAGCAGCAUCAGCAGCCUGCUGUCUGACAGUAAACUGGACCUGGGCCCUAGCCUAGAUAGAAACCUGGAGAGAAAUCUUGAGAGAAACCUGGGGAGCAACCUCAGUUCCACUCUGGGUUCCACUCACGGUUCCACUCUGGGCAGCCACAUGGGUUCCACUCUGGGUUCCACUCACGGUUCCAGUCACGGUUCCACUGGACUGGGUUCUAGUCUGAGCAGCACUCUGACCAGCCUGGGCAGCAGUAGUCUGGGCAUGGACUUCCUGGGCUCCAUGGGUUCCUGCAGCAAUGGAAUAGGGACCCUGGAUGUCAGCAUUGACGAGAUUGGUGAAAAUAUUGUGCCUUACCCUCGCCGUAUCAAUCUGAUCAAACAGCUGGCCAAGAGUGUGAUCGUGUGCUGGGACCCUCCGGUGGUGCCGCCCGGCUGGGGCUCCAUCAGUGGCUACAACGUCCUGGUGGACAAGGAGGUGAGGAUGAGCGUGCCCUUUGGGGGCAAGACAAAGUCGCUUAUCGAGAAACUUAACCUGGCCACCAAUACCUACCGCAUCUCGGUACAGAGCAUCACAGAGCGGGGCCCGUCUGACGAGCUGCGCUGCACUCUACUAGUGGGAAAGGAUGUGGUGGUGGCUCCUUACUAUCUGAGGGUAGACAACAUCACGCAGGUCUCUGCUGAGCUCUCCUGGCAGCCUAGCAACAGCAACUACAGCCACACCAUCUUCCUGAACGAGGCUGAGUAUGACAUGGUGAAGGCAGGGGCCUACAAGUACCAGUUCUUCCAACUGAAGCCCAUGACCGUUUACAAGGUGAAGGCCGUGGCGCGGACACACCAGAUACCUUGGCAGAUGCCCCUGGAGCACAGGGACAAGAGGGAGAUCUCUGUGGAGUUCUGCACCCAGCCUGCAGGUCCUCCCUUUCCUCCCCAGGAGGUGCAGGUCCAGUUGGGCCAGAACCCCGGGGUUCUGCAGGUGCGAUGGAAACCCCCCAUCCUCACCCCCACUGGAACCUCCAACGGAGCCAACGUGAUUGGCUAUGCCGUGUGCACAAAGGGACAAAAGAUAGCGGAGGUGAUGUACCCAACAGCUGACUAUGUGACAGUGGAGCUGAAUAGGAUCCAGUGUCUGGAGGCCAGGGAGGUCAUUGUCAGGACGUUAUCAGCACAAGGAGAGUCUCAGGACUCCCCCGUGGCCACCAUACCGCACAAUAUCCUUGCGCCACCCACCCCUCACCCCCAGCCCCAGCCCCAACACCAGCCCUACCCCAUGUCUAAGCCCAAUUUAGUAAGUGCUAGAGAGUCGGAAACCAAAGAGUAUGAGGCGGGCCUGCGGCCUGGUCCGCCCUGGGAGCGCUCCCCUUCGCCCCUCCCUCCUACCAUGCGUGGACACACUUUGGAGCCGCCCCACUUCCAGGGGCGUCGUUCACCCUCUCCUCAGAGGAUCCUGCCCCAGCCUCAGGGAGCCCCCAUCCCCAACACCAUCGCCAAGGCCAUGGCCAGGAAAGCUGCACAGAGAGUGUUCGCUGAGAACAACCGGAUGGAGAAGAGGAACAUCUUCAGUGAGCGGAGCGUGAACUCUGAUGAGGAGGAGGAUGGUUAUGUCUCUCCCCACACCAGGAGGAGAGGGGCUUCUGUGGACGAAUUCCUCAGAGGCUCUGAACUGGGGAGACAUCACCACUACAGCCACAGUGAGGAGUACCAGACAGAGAGCAGCCGCGGCUCAGACCUGUCUGACAUCAUGGAGGAGGACGAGGAUGACCUGUACUCUGAGAUGCAGCUGGAGGAGGGCCGUCGGCGCAGCAUCAACUCUCACAACACUCUCAAGAUUAUAGGGAACUCCCCUUCCCAUGGAUGCUCCCAUGGCGACCGGCUGGACCAUUCAGGGAGGAGGCCUGUCCAUGGCGGCAACCCCCCACAGCGACGACCCAUGAUGGUUCCUUCCAUUGAUGAGUACGGUGGGCAAGGCCGCGGACAUGGCCGAGGGCGGCGGUCACCAGUGUACUACGAGGAGUCGGAGCCAGAGGACCUGGCGCGUAUAUUUGUGGCCCUGUUUGACUACGACCCCCUGUCCAUGUCCCCCAACCCUGAUGCUGCUGACGAGGAGCUGCCCUUCAAAGAGGGCCAGAUCAUCAAGGUGUUUGGAGAUAAGGACACGGAUGGGUUCUACAGGGCAGAGAUCCGUGACCGCCCGGGUCUGAUCCCCUGUAACAUGGUGUCAGAGAUCCGUGACCGCCCGGGUCUGAUCCCCUGUAACAUGGUGGCAGAGAUCCAGACUGAGGAUGAUGGGAUGAUGGACCAGCUACUCAAACAGGGCUUCCUCCCACUCAACACUCCUGUAGAGAAAUUAGAGAGGAACAGGCGGAGUGGGCGUCAGCACCCCUCGUCCACACGUAGAAUGGUGGCACUGUAUGACUACGACCCCAGGGAGAGCUCCCCCAACGUGGAUGUGGAGGCUGAACUGACAUUCUGUGCUGGUGACGUCAUAACAGUAUUUGGUGAAAUUGAUGAAGAUGGGUUUCAUUAUGGCGAGCUCAAUGGACACAAAGGUCUUGUUCCCUCCAACUUUCUAGAAGAAGUGCCUGAUGAUGUUGAGGUUUUUCUCACUGACACUCAGUCUGGAGAUUCUCGAUACCCGCAGGACGCUGCAUCGCGGAUAAAGACCAAAAGGGUUCCAUUGGAAAAAUCGGGUCCGCCCAGAAGAGCCGCCUCCCCCACAGUGCGCCAACACAUCCCUGGCUCUGGCCCUGCUACAGUGGGGCCUGGCAGUCCCAUCAGGGGCCCCUGCGACUUGUCCUCCAAAAAGAAAAAGGGACUGCUCUCCAAAGGGAAGAAACUAUUGAAAAGACUUGGCGCUGUAAAAUAACCCCUUCAAAUACUUGAAGUAUAUUAUCAAUCAUAUAAUUCAUCUCCAACACUUCCAUUACUGUAAAUUCAGUCCUGUGAGAAGAAAAAAAGUGGUCAAAAUGUACAAAUGUUGUAUUCUAGAAACCAUAUUUUCUUAUUUAAAUUGCAGUAUGUAUUUUGAAUAUGGUUCAGGGACCUCAUAGUUUGACAUUUAGUGUCAUAAGCCAACCUCUGGUCAUUUAUGUUUUGCUAUCUGAAGCAGAAGACUGCAACACGAUGGAUGAUUUGAAUUAUUCUCAAUUUUGAAGGCCAAUAGGUACGUAGGUAUGUUUGAUGACGCUGUAGACCACAAUGUUCCUCAGAGUAAGAGGGGUUUAUACCAGAGUCUCUUUAGGGCUGAGAUCAAAGGAUCGGGCUCAGAAUGGCCAGUCAACAUCAUACUUGAUAAUACUGCUGGUGGCUCACCUUAACCAAACCUUCACAUUGUAGUACCCAUAUUGAUGCAAGGAAAAGAGCCGUUUUGGGAUCAGGCAGCUGAGGUCAUUUGAACUGUAUAGGUUUGCAUGUUUUACCUAAACCACAUCCAGAAUAAUAAUUCCCAUCCAACCUUUGAAAGCACAUGCUAACUAAUGGCCUUUUCUAUCAGAACUCAAGGCUCAAUUUGCAUGCUUUGUCAGUGCAUUUUUAUGAUAUCGUGUAUGAGCAAUAUUUGCUAAAUGAAUAGUAAAAACAAAUAUUAACUUAAAACAGAAUAUUCAAUACAAACCUAAUUGUCACAUUCGUAUUCAGUUCAAUUCAAGCCCAGGUACACAUUUGACUAGUCACCACCUUAGCACCUGAAGUCACGAUGUGUGCAGUGGUAAAAUAUGAAAAAUCUCCAGAAAGACUUGUCAGAUUGGUCUGGAGAGAAUUUGAUAAGCAAGUAUCAAUUCUUAACAGCAAGUGUCAGUUCUUCAGGCACACUGAAAUAACUCUGGACAAGGACAUUAGAUAGGACAGGGUUUCAAGAUUCAGUAUAUUUUUGUUGUUGAAUUGUCAUGAAAUGCCUAGUUGAAACCAACCUCCCAUGUAUUUGCCUUAUAAAAUGCACAAUGGUUUGUAUCUUGUCCAGUGAGUGGAGUGUUAUGUCCUGUAUGCAUUCAAGUCAUUGCAUUACUUUUGAAAUGUAUUUGUAAAUUAUGUUGAUCAAGACUAGUGAUGUGCAGUUUAUUACUUGUAGGAAUGUUUUUUGGAGGACCUGCGCAUUAAAAUGACAUUCAAACGAAAUUCAAUACAAAAAAGUAAGGGGGAAAUGUAAAUGUGUAUUUACGUUUUAAUGUUUCACACUAUUUUUGCACAAAAAGAGUAAUGAAAAAAAUAAGGCACUUUAUUUUGUUCUUCAUGUUAUACAUGCAAUGUAUUUACUGCAUUCACAAUCCCAUUUUGACACAUUUGUGUACAAGACAAUGGAUGUGAAAGAAAUGCAAUUGAAGCCCAGUUUAAUUAACAGUUUCCAAGAUAAGUUGCAAUCAGCAGUUGGUAUUAUUUUUGUUUCAAACUAAGUUUUGUAGAGUACACUCCAAACUUGCAAUUCUUGGAAGCAGGAAAAUGUUUGACUUAUGACAGAGACUAGGUUUGAUUGAAUAACCAUCAGAUAAAAGCCCUAUAUAUAUAUCAAGUUGUUACAUAGAAAUUGUGAUUUAAACAAGACAAGUCUACCUCCAUAAUGACCCCUAUAAGUUCAACUAAUUUGACUACAGGUUCACAGAAGUCAACUCUCCAUUUCAUAUAUUUGCAAAGGGUAGAAGAAGUACUGUAUUUGUGUCAGCACCCAACUAGCAGAGUAGUGAAUGUAUGAUUAAUUGAAAGCCAAUGUAUUUUAUUUAUCAAAACUAUCCAUUAGGAGUAUGCAGAUGUCCAGCGUUCUCUGGUCCAGUUUGUAUGUGAAAUGAAACCUUCCAUCUGUUAACUCCUUACACUAUUUUGUUAAUCAUUUCAUCCUUCCAUUCACUUUAUAUCACAGCUUUUUCUGGACUACACUACUUUCAUGAGAUUUGAACUGAGACUGCCAAAAAAGAAUGUACAAAAAGCAUUCUGUACAACUUUCUGUACAAUUGUCGGUCAUUGCUUCUAUAUAUAUUGUUUUGACUGUUGCUCUUUUUGUACUUUGUCCAUUUGUAAAUUGUUUUUAAAUGUUUAUACUUGAUUUUCAGACUGCCUUUUUUGUACAUUAAAAUUUAUAAUCAAACAGUGCAAAGCUUUCCCCAUGGUGUCUUCAAAACCAUAAUGUUUUAAAAGUCUGCAAUUGUGUGCUAGCUUUAUGACAAAAUAUCAGCCUAUAUUGGUGGUUACAAAAUAUUGUGUGGGUGUGCAUGUGCAAAAAUUUUAUCAAAUAAAUUUCAUAUUUUGUAAUGCUGUUUGCUCUGUGUUUUAUUCACCAAAUGCCAUGGUGCAACAGCAAAGUCAAAGGAUUAAGGACUCGAUUCAAUCCAAAUAGUUCAGCGCUGUACCACAAUUUGAAAUGUAAAGGUAAUUUCUGAUUGAGCGGACAGUCUUUUACUGUGAAUGCGGUCUCAGCGACAUUGCCUUAAUUUCUAUUGAGCUGUAUGUAGUGGAGGUCUACAUCACUACAGAUUAAAUCAAGCCAUAAACGUUAAUAUCAAGUCCUGAGUAUUGACAGAAUCGAAUUUCACCAAAAGGGCAUAGGCUUGAAAAAGGAACGGGAAGUGUAAUUAUCACAACUUCAAAUACUAAUUGCUAGACCAACUCUUCAACUCUUGCCCUACGAGUUGCAGAGCCUGCUGGUUCUGUUAUACCUGA